UAAUAACGGUUGUUGGAAAUUUUAAGGUCAAUUACCAAAUAAAACCUAGUUUAAAUAUAUUUAUACGUGCGUUUGAGACUUGAGUAUUAUAUUGCUGUAUUCUUUGUCGCUCUAUGAAAGUGAUUAGUACAUGCUCUGAUGAAACUCUGCACUACUUCGCCAAUUAGCAAUCAAAUAAGACUAUGCAUUAUAUAUUAUCGUAUAUAUGAGUCGGACUUUUUUCGAGAAUUCUCCUUCUCAUUUAGUAAAAUAUUUUAAAUAUCUUAGAAAAAAAAUGUAUUAUGUUGGUUGGUCACCCUUGGUGGUUAACAUGUCAAGAAGUUAACUUGAAAUCUUUGUUGUGCCUACAUUUUACAGAUAAUUUGUAAUAUCACAUCCUACUCGAGUCCGUCUGAAUCUGUCAAAACUCCUAUGCUGCAAUUUGUUAUAUCUCUUUGUCGGGAUGGACAUGAAAAUAAUAGACAUACAUUGACGAAAACAUGGACAUAAUUGGCAGAUUAUUUGGGUCAAUUAAUACAUUGAUAUUAGAUACUUUUAAUAUAACAAAUAAUAUAAGAUUAAUCACCAUUGAACUACUAAACUAACAAUAUAACCAAUUUUUACGGCAGUUUUAUUAAUUAAUAUAUAAAUACAUUUUAUUUGUUUGAAUGUGGACAAUUUUCCAGAAUACAUCAUCCAACAACUAAUUUUUUCGAAAUAAUUUUAAUUUCUCCAUAAAAAAGAUAUCAAAUAUACAAUAACAGAAUUUAAGAAUUUUUAUUUGGCGAAAGUCUUACAUUCUUUUUCUUUAAACCCUAUUUUUGUUUGUAUAGGUGGAUCAGUUUUCCAAUGAUUUUGUACGAUAAACUUUCUAGUUCUCCUAAAAGAAAAACUAAUCUUCUUCUGUGAUACGAGGACAAACCUCGUUUGAUAACUAAAGAUCCUUUUGGCAGAGGAAUAGCCAGAAACAAAUUCUAAACUAGAAGAGACAUGACGAUCGAAAUAGCAUCUUGGGCCCAACAUAUAAUAAACAGAUCCCUUGAUGGGCUUUGUAUAUUAAUCGCUUCCGAGUUUAAAUAUCCAGAUUGUAUUCGUCCAGACACAACAAACAUGGCGAUUCGAACAUUCUCCUCUCUUGUCCGCGCCACUCUUCACCAACCCCCUAAACGAUUCUUCUUCUCCACACUCCCACACGAUCCACCACCACCACCACCAGAGCUAGUCAACGAAAUCUCCCGCGUUUUAAGCGAUCACCGCAACCCCAAAGACGACCUCGAACACACCCUCACCGUCUACUCUCCCAAACUCUCCUCCAACCUAAUCGAACAAGUCCUGAAACGCUGCAAAAACCUCGGCUUCCCCGCUCACAGAUUCUUCCUCUGGGCGAGACGAGUCCCGGGCCUCGAACCCAGCUCGGAAAGUUACCACAUUUUGGUCGAGAUUCUUGGUAGCAGCAAGCAGUUCGCUUUGCUUUGGGACUUUCUGAUCGAAGCGAGAGAGUAUAACUACUUCGAGAUUGGUCCUAAAGUGUUUUGGAUUGUCUUUAGAGCUUAUAGUAGAGCUAACUUACCAAGUGAAGCCAUUCGAGCUUUUAAUCGAAUGGUUGAGUUUGGGAUUAAGCCUAGUGCUGAUGAUCUUGACCAGCUUCUCCAUUCGCUUUGCGAUCGGAAACACGUGGAACACGCUCAGGAGGUUUUCGACAAGGCCAAACACUGUUUCGUCUUCGCGCCGAGCGCGAAGACGUAUAGCAUUUUAGUGAGAGGCUAUGCGAGGGUGAGAGACGCCUCCGGUGCACGCAAGGUGUUCGAUGAAAUGCUUGAGAGAAACUGCGAAGUCGAUUUGCUCGCGUACAACGCGCUUUUAGACGCGUUGUGCAAGUCCGGCGAUGUCGACGGAGCGUAUAAGAUGUUUCAAGAAAUGGGUAAGCUCGGACUUACCCCGGACGCGUACAGCUACGCUAUUUUCAUCCACGCCUACUGCGACGCGGACGAUGUUCAUUCGGCUUAUAAGGUUCUCGAUAGGAUGAAGAGGUACGGGCUUGUACCUAAUGUGUACACGUACAACCAUAUCAUAAAGACUCUCUGCAAGAAGGAGAAGGUUGAUGAUGCUUAUCUACUGUUGGAUGAGAUGAUUGAAAGAGGAGCUGAUCCGGACACUUGGACUUACAAUUCGAUAAUGGCUUACCACUGCGACCACUGCGAGGUGAACCGAGCGACGAAUCUGAUCUCUAGAAUGGACAGAACCAAGUGUUUACCUGAUAGGCACACUUACAAUAUGGUUCUCAAGCUGCUGAUAAGGAUAGGGAGGUUUGACCGCGCCGAGGAGAUGUGGGAAGGGAUGAGCAAGAGGAAGUUUUAUCCAACGGUUGCUACUUAUACCGUGAUGAUACAUGGGUUGGUGAGGAAGAAAGGGAAGAUGGAGGAGGCUUGCAGGUACUUUGAGAUGAUGGUUGACGAUGGGAUUCCGCCUUAUUCGACGACGGUUGAGAUGUUGAGGAACAGGCUUGUGGGUUGGGGACAGAUGGAUGUUGUGGAUGUUUUGGCGGGGAAGAUGGAGAGGAGCAGUUGUUGUAAGGUUAGAGAAAUGGCGGUUGAGAUGAGAGGGAGGAGGAGGAGAGUGGGACGUAGGAGUGAAGGAAGCGAAGAUGAUGAUUCUGAGCUUGAAAGAGAAACAUAUGAUAGAAACAUAUGAAUAAUUAAGUUAGAGAGAUAUAUGAAAUGCAAUAUUUGGAUAGGCUCAAAGAGUAGUUUGGAUUUUAUCAAUGGUGAGGAACGUUCUCUAAAGACAAGACAAGACUGAAUCUAUGGGCGAACGUUCCCUAAAGACAAGACUCUAUGUUGUUUAAAGACAAGAGACUUUCACUGUGGUUCUUGUAACAGUAGAUAUAUUCAAGAGUGGUGUUUCUUUUGGCUCUAAUCCCUCCAUAUUCGACCAUCCUUGUACGGGUU